UGUGGGAGAGGAGAGCGGAGUGUGAGCGGACGGGGAGAGGCCGCCGCUACGAUCCCGGCUCCGGUUCGCGGAAGGGAGGGCGCGGGGUGGAUGGUGGGGCGCGGAGCGUGCUGGAUUAAUGUGUGGACGGUGAGGAGAGCGCAGCCCGCGGGAGGAGCACCGACCGAGGAGUACCGAGGGCCUGGUAAUGGGGCUUCGCGCAGACGUUUGAGAUUCUAAGCAGAAGCAGCACAUAUCAAAGUGAACAUCCAGAAACAUGAUGUUAUAGCAGGUGUACAUUGCUGGAAUACAUCAGAUUAAAGUUAAAACAUUCCUCGGACAAUUUACCACUGGACAUUGAACCAUGGAGAAACCAGAAGAAAAUGUAUCUCAGAUUACCACCUUGCACAUAAAUUAGCGACGAGCCAUUACACUUUAAGUGCAUGUAUAUAUUUUGCAUUUUAAGUAUCGAUUUAUAACUUGCCUAAUCUCAUGAAACCAGUGUGUUCUCUGGAGAGUUUUCUCCAGGAGAACAUUAUCUUAAUAAAAAGCAAAGAUGGACAUGUUUCAUUCUGGAGUAUUCUAAAUCUGAGUUCAUCUUCAGAUCAUGACCAGUCUGAAAAGGUCCCAGACUGAGAGGUCCGUUGCUAGUGGGACUCAAUCGUCUGUGCCAGAUGGACCACAAAAGGCACGAUCGGAUGAUUUUUAUAUGAGACGUUUCAGAUCACAGAAUGGUAGUUUAGGUUCUUCUGCCAUGUCUCCGGUUGGACCACCCCGUAGUGAAAGCUCCCACCACAUAUCUUCAACGCCAGGUGUUCCUAAGAUGGGAGUCAGAGCACGAAUUGCAGACUGGCCCCCGAGAAAAGAAAAUGUUAAGGAAAUGAGCAGAACAAGUCAAGAUAUGGACGCAACAAGUUUCGACACAAUGUCUGUUAAGAGCAGUCCUAGUAGUCAAGUGAGUACAUCUAGUAUGAACUCCAGUGAUUCUGCUAUGUUAAAAAGUAUUCAGAACACACUGAAAAGCAAAACAAGGCAGGCAGAAAGUCUAGAUUCUAGGUUUCUGACCCCUGAAGGUUACUCCAGUUCCAGCUCCCCAAGAAAAGUUCAUCGCAGAAUAAGACAACGGAGUAACAGUGACAUCACCAUUAGUGAGUUUGAUAUGGACAAUUUUGAAGAGUGCAUGUCACCUACGUUUAAAACGGGGCCAUCGCUCCACAGAGAAUAUGGAAGCACAUCUUCAAUAGACAAACAGGGAACAUCUAGUGAAAGCUUUUUUGAUAUUAUUAAAGGAUAUAAAAAUGAGAGAGCUGACCAUCGUGGACAUGGCCCUUCAAAAUUGAGUGAACUACUACUGAGCAGUGGAAGUAGAGGAUCUGGCUUCUCCUUGGAUGUUAUUGAUGGGCAGAGAGAUGGGCACCGGGCUUUUAAAGACAGGGACAAGCCACUGAAAAGGCGAUCUAAGUCAGAGACUGGGGAUUCUUCCAUUUUUCGGAAGCUUAGAAAUGUAAAAGCCGAAGGGGAGCUUGGAAAGGCUUCUGACCUUGAAGACAAUCGUUCUGAAGAUGGCAUCAAGCCAUGGACGUGCCCUAAAUGUUUUGCUCAUUAUGAUGUUCAGAGUGUUUUGUUUGAUUUAAAUGAAGUUGUAAUCAACAGGCAUAAUGUCAUCAAGCGGCGAAACACUACGACAGGGGCCUCCGCCGCCGCUGCAGCCUCUCUAGCUGCAGGACCAUUGUCCCAUUCCUCCAGUUUUAAUUCUCCAACUGGUAGCACAGAGGAUUUAAAUGUAAAAGAGAAUGUUAAUGUUGACCAAGGAGAUGACAAAAGCAAUGAUUUGGUAAUGAGCUGUCCCUAUUUCCGCAAUGAAACAGGAGGAGAGGGUGAAAAGAAAGUCAGCCUGUCAAAGUCAAACUCGGGCUCAUUUUCUGGGUGUGAAAAUUCUUCUUUUGAAUCAACCAUGAGUUCACACUGUGCAAAUGCAGGACUGGCAGUCCUUGAAGUUCCAAAGGAAAAUUUGGUUCUACACAUAGACAGAGCUAAGAGAUACAUUGUAGAACAUGUAGACCUUGGAGCAUACUAUUUCCGAAAGUUUUUCUAUCAAAAAGAGCACUGGAACUACUUUGGCUCCGAUGAGAAUAUCGGUCCUGUGGCUGUAAGUAUUCGGAGGGAAAAACUGGAAGACGCAAAAGAAAAUGGUCCUCAAUAUAAUUACCGAAUGAUCUUUAGAACAAGUGAGCUUAUGACGUUACGUGGAUCAGUGCUUGAAGAUGCUAUUCCAUCAACUGCCAAACAUGGCACAGCAAGAGGUUUGCCUCUUAAAGAAGUACUUGAGCACCUUGUCCCCGAGCUGAAUGUACAAUGUCUCCGUCUGGCCUUCAACACUCCAAAGGUUACAGAGCAGCUCCUAAAACUUGACGAGCAAGGGCUAAGCUACCAGCUGAAGGUUGGCAUCAUGUACUGCAAAGCUGGUCAGAGUACAGAAGAGGAAAUGUACAACAAUGAGUCAGCAGGACCAGCCUUCGAAGAAUUCCUUCAGCUCUUGGGAGAAAGGGUGCGACUGAAAGGUUUUGAAAAGUACAGGGCUCAGCUGGAUACCAAAACUGACUCCACUGGUACCCACUCUUUAUAUACCGCAUACAAGGAUUAUGAGAUCAUGUUUCAUGUGUCUACAAUGCUACCAUAUACACCAAACAACAAGCAACAGCUGUUGAGAAAGCGUCACAUUGGAAACGAUAUUGUGACAAUAGUAUUUCAAGAGCCUGGAGCCCAGCCGUUCAGUCCCAAGAACAUCCGCUCUCAUUUCCAGCAUGUUUUUGUGGUCGUAAGAGCGCACAACCCAUGCACGGACUCUGUCUGUUACAGCGUUGCUGUUACACGGUCAAGAGAUGUGCCUGGCUUUGGCCCACCGAUCCCAAAAAGCUUUACUUUUCCUAAAUCCACAGUGUUCAGGGACUUCCUUUUAGCUAAAGUUAUUAAUGCAGAGAAUGCAGCUCACAAGUCUGAAAAGUUCCUAGCAAUGGCAACGAGGACCCAUCAAGAGUACCUAAAAGACCUUGCAGAAAAAAAUGUCACCAACACCUCUAUUGAUUCAUCUGGAAAGUUCCCAUUUAUCUCACUGGCCUCAAAGAAAAAGGAAAAGGCAAAGCCAUACUCAUGGGCUGAGCUGUACAGCACAGGAGCAAUUGUAUGGAGUGUGCAAGUUGAAGACUUCUGUAAUGCUCUGGAAAUUGAUUGUCUUUUAUGUCUUUCAAAUGAAAUACUGGCCCUGAUUGAUCAAGAGACAAAAAGUGUUCUCUUCAACUGUUCAAGCCGUGAUAUUAUAGGAUGGACGUCCAACAACACAACUAUUAAGAUGUUCUAUGAACGAGGGGAUAGUGUGUUCGUAAGAAGUUAUAGCCACAACACAGAUGAUAUAAAGGAGAUUGUCAAGAGGCUGGAAAUCAUCACUAAAGGCUGUGAGACAGGGGAAAUGACACUGAGAAGAAAUGGACUCGGACAGCUUGGCUUCCAUGUUAAUUAUGAAGGAAUAGUUGCCGAGGUAGAGCCUUAUGGUUAUGCAUGGCAGGCUGGUUUAAGGCAAGGAAGCCGUCUGGUUGAAAUCUGCAAAGUUGCCGUGGCCACCCUGAGCCAUGAACAAAUGAUUGACCUCCUUAGAACAUCAGUGACAGUUAAAGUUAUCAUUAUCCCUCCACAUGAUGAUGGAAUCCCACGCAGAGGUUGCUCAGAGACAUAUCGCACGCCAACAGUGGAAUACAAAGUAACAGAGGGGAUCCCAUAUGAGUUGAAAUUCCCUUUCAGGAACAACAACAAGUGGCAAAGAAAUGCAGCCAAGGGUGAGGCUGCCGGGCUUCGACAAGUUCCUUCUCAGCUACAGAGCCCUGUAUCGUCAAGGGUCUCCUCUGUUAAAGGCGAUUGUAAAACGCAGACACCAGAACGUUCUGCAAACAUUCCACGGAGUAUUUCCAGCGAUGGACGUCCUCUGGAGAACAAGAGGCUGUCUCCAGGUUCAGAGAUUUAUGUCUCGGUGUCAUCUGUGGCUCUUGGACGAUCUCAGCAAAGUCGUAGCUCUCCUAGCAGUCUUUCCACUUCCAGUGAUACCGGCUCCAGUGGAGGCUCCCAGCGCAGGCAGAAAUCCAUGCCUGAAGGGUUUGGAGUGGGUCGUAGAUCACCAGCUUCUAUCGACAGGCAAAACACCCAGACCGAUUUGGUGAACAGUGGAAAGUCGACUCCAAACUGGCAGAGGAGUGAGGACAAUUUUUCUGAUCAAAUGGAGCCAACGUGUCACAUGCCUGCAGUUUCUAAGGUACAUCCAUCAUACAGAGACAGCCCAACAGGAAGACUAAUCCGUCAAGAUCCUGUACUUCAUCUCUCCCCUCACAAACAGGGACAGACUGACAGCCAUUAUUCCAGUCACUCCAGCACAAAUACUCUUUCCAGCAAUGCGUCCAGCGCUCAUAGUGAAGAAAAGUGGUAUGACAGCGGGGAACGGCUUGACUCAGACAACUACACUUACAUACAAGGCACAUCUGCUGAUAGUGGUAUUGACACCACAUUGUAUAGCAACAAUCAUGUCAACUCCAACCUUCCUGGGGCUUCUGCCACCUCCCCACGGUCUGGGCCUCCUAAGGAAAAAGUGGCCCCUCUGUGGCACAGUGUCAGCGAUGUGGGAUUGAUAUAUGAUAGGACUUGUGACAGAGAAGCUCAUGCUUUAGAUGGGAAAAGAGAAUCUCCAGUCACUAUGGAGAACCAAGUCCCAAUAUGCACCAAGCAAUUAACCAGAGAAAACAGCUCCUACAGCCUUAGUGAUGCCGCUUCUCAUACCAGCACCAUGAGCUCUCGGCACUCAGCAAGUCCCGUUGUUUUCACUAGUGCCAGAAGUUCACCCAAGGAAGAGUCUCAUUCUGCCACUUCCCCACAGCUCGUACCUUCUUUCUCCUCUUCCUCUUCCUCCCCUUCUGGUCCUAGGACUUUCUACCCUCGCCAGGGGGCUACUAGCAAGUACCUGAUUGGAUGGAAAAAACCUGAAGGGACUAUAAACUCUGUGGGCUUUAUGGAUUCAAGAAAACGACUCCAGAUUGAUUGUGUGGAGAUGCCACCUACCAGGCUGCGUGCAUCAAUUAGAGACUUGCAGGCAUCUCCGAAGAGGGUGUCUACAGUUCAAGAUGAGCUUAAGAGGCUCAUAGACUUGGAGAAUCCACCUACAGGAUCAGAAAAGUCAUUCAAGUCAUCUUUUCCUACAACUCCAACUAGCAAGCGGUCUUUGCACAGGACACUUUCUGAUGAGAGUAUCUACAGCAGUCAGCGAGAGAUGGUAUUUAUCAAUGCACGCACAUCACUCCUGGACCAGGCACUGCCCAAUGAUGUUCUCUUCAGUAGCACCUACCCAUCUCUGAAUAAGUCUCUGCAAAUGCGCAGACCAUCAUAUACUCUCGGUAUGACGUCAAUACAUGGUGAAUUUUCUGCCUCUGAUACCUCCCUCACAGACAUUCAGGAUCAAAGAAGGCAGCCUAUGCCUGACCCUGGACUAAUGCCUCUGCCAGAUGCUGCAUCUGACCUGGAGUGGUCAAACUUGGUUGAUGCUGCCAAAGCCUUUGAAGAUCAGAGAGCUUCCUUCUUUGCCUCCACAGAAGAUGAGCACAGACAGGAAGUUCAGCUAUCAGUUGUUGACCAGCUGGAGGGUCAGCCAGCUUCCCAGUCCAGUCCUUACUAUGGGAAGGACUCCCCUACUUCACUAACUUCAAAGGUUGAACAGCUGGAGAACAUGCUGAAAAUGCUGCAGUAUGACCUACAAAAGGAAAAGGAAGACAAAGCAAAUCUGCAAGCUGAAGUGCAGCUCCUGCGGGAAGACAACCUGCGCUUACAAGAGGAAUCCCAGAAUGCCUCAGCCAAGCUGAAGAAGUUCACAGAAUGGGUGUUUAAUACUAUAGAUAUGAGCUAAGGGACAGAUUAGACAGUGUAGAAUACUAGACCCCUUGUCUCCAGUUGUGCACCAUAGAAUGUUAGCUUUAACUGCACCUGGAUCCAGAUGUACAGAUGAAAAGUAACAAUUCUCCCCAUUGUUUCCCUUUUUAACUGCCUGCAUGAUUUCAGCAAAGUAUAUGUAUAAUCACUGCCUAAAUCUUGGCAAUAAUAAGAAAUCUUACUAGUAACUGCCGAAAUGUGAAUAUUUCUGCUGAAAAUAAUGUACAGUUUAAAACAAAAACAUUUGUCAAACCUGAAUACUUUUUGGGCAGUAAUUAUUGCCACAGUAAUGACUUUUUAUUUCUCUCUCAAAGCUCUAUCACAUGGAAUUCUUUGCAGAUGCAAAAUUGGGCAAGAAAACCAACCUAAGCCAUCCAAUAACUUUAGAGUACAUCUCCUACAAUGUGUUGUGUUUAUCUAGACAAGGGGUGUGGAUUUUUCCUUGCUUGUCUGUGUGUUGGUGUAAUAUGGUGUACACUACAGCCAUAUAACAGAAGGCUUCUUGUGUAUUCCCAAUCCCUUAUUAUAGAUAUGGUGACAUUUUCCAUAUUUAUCUUGCAAAACAGCAAUAAUCCCCAAGUUUAUUGACAAGCUAUAGAUGGAGGUUUUAUGCAAACUAAACAGAUAUAGAUUGAUUUGAGUGCUGCCAUGUUUAAGGUUUACAGUUUAAGGAAAAUUUAUAGUGCGUAUGUCCUGCAUACUACUUAAGGCUUUGUUCUUUUCACUGAUUUACCUUUUGUUUUUAUGCGUGAAUGAUGAUGUAGGCGCUUUAAUGUGCCUCUAAUUUCCAUAGCAUUCCUUACUACACUCUACUUAAUUGGCCAUUUGUAUUAAUUAUAUAUAGUUUACUGGUCCUUACAUUUUGUUGUAAAAUAUAUUUGUCCCUGGUGGACUCUGCCUUGUUUACAAAAUGUGAUGGAAAAAAAAUAGAAGAAAAGGGUGUUUUUUUUUUUUUUAUUAUUAUUUUUUUUAUUUAAUGAAGCACUAAUGUUUGUGUAGUCAGAUCAGCUUUUAAUUUUCAUUAUUUAGAAAUGCACGCCAUUAUCAUUUUUAGGACAACAAAUUUGGAGGUUAAAUAUUGUCUGCCGUGUUGGAAAAAAAAUGCACCCACCUUGAUUUUAAAAUCCUAUACUGCAUAGUUUAAACAAUGUGUUGUACGAAUUUUGUUGCAAUGGAAGCAGAAAGGGUGACACUGGUUUUGGUGCUGCAACAGAAUGCAGCUCUUCUUUUGGCUAAAUAGUUAAGCAAUAUAGAUAUAUUAAGAAGAGACAAACGUUUCAUAUAUAAUUUCUUAGUUCUGCCUCCCCCUUUCAUAUUGUAUUCUAGAGGUCACUGGUGGAAUUGUAGGGGGCAAAGGAGCUCCUAAGCCCUGUGGGGUUUAUGGUGGCCCAAGAAAGCCUGAAAAGCAAGUCCUACAACCCAUCCUAGAGCUGGGACUACUAAUGCAUAUGUAUACCUUUCAGAAGCUUUCAUAAAAAGUCAGGACAUCAUUGUCAAAAACAUGAUGUCACAUGCUACCCCCUCCCCCCACUCAGGAGCCCACAGAAGACAAUCUACUCUUGUUCUAUAAGAUAAACUAUACAUAUACUCAGACAGUUUGCCUAUAUCUACAUUUUUAAACUAAACCCUAUAUUUGCUACCAGAUUCUAUCUAGGACGAGAAAUUUAUAUUUUGUAAGAAAAUGUAAUUUGUUCUCUAAAAAGGAGGGAAAAAAUGGUUUGCUAUGCUUUCUCAGUAAAGUCUGUGACAGUUUGAGACGUUUCUUUGCAAUGUUCAGAUCUGCUUUUUUUUUUUUUUUUUUUGCAUUAUUUUCAGUUUUAAAAACUAAAAAAAGCAUGUAGAGAAAUGUUAAUUCACAUGGCGACAAAGCAUACCAUUUAAUUAUUUACCUUGCCAGUGUCAUUUUAGUGAAAUGUUUGAGUGUCUUUUUUUUAAUGAGUGUAUGAAGGAGAUUUAUAUAGUAAUGGCUGGUAUAACUUGUAAAUUGAUUUUUUUGCGAGCCUUUCUCAAUUGUACUGAAAUAUUGUUUUGAUUUCUUCAUUUUUUUUUAUUUUUUUUUGCUGGAAAUGGGAGGAUCUCGAGACCAGCUAUUUAUUAGAAUUUUGCAACAAAGCGAUUGUAUCUAAGGUUGCAGAGAAAACUUGUAAAUUCUGACAAUAAAUCUGGUUUUAAAAGAGA